GCUUUGUUUGUUAUGGUAUCAGCAUUGCUGUUAGUGCGGAUCAUGGAAGCCGCCCUAUUAUUUUGUUUAGCUAUUUGACAGCUGAGAAAGAAAUGCCGCAUAAAAUGUAAAAUGUUCGUGAUAAACAUUGCGGUUCGUAGACCGUGACAGUUUAACUGCAGUUCAAUUCUAUAUAGUUGAUUUCAGCGGGACAUGUGAAAUAUGGCAGACGAACUUACCAUUUGAAGACAUGAACUGACGUUUCAUUCAUAUAGUAGCGUGAUGUCCGGAGGGGAGCGCAAGAAGCGCACCUCACGGGGCCAAGGGUGGGAGGAGGCGGGGGCGGAGUUCUACCAGGAGAGUUACCCCGCGGAUGUCGACCUAGAGGUGCUGCAGCGGGACCCGUCACACAUUGCCACCCUGUUGCCGAGCAAGCAGUCCCGCGCCGCAACCUCGAAGAGAACCCGUGGGGAAGUGAAGCAGACGCUGCGGCGACGGACGUCGACCCGCUCCCGGUACGCAAGCACCGCGCGUCGCCCGUCCGCAGCUCACGACAUCCACGUCGCGAUGUUGCCCGAUCUCUCGGAGAAUUUGUCCAAUGAGGAGCGUACGUGGGAGGAAAUCAUGCAAAUUAAGGCGAUGCCGGUGAGCAUGACACAGAAGAAAGAGCUAAAGGCAAAGCUACAGUCUGCUACAAAGUUGCGGCUUCAAGGUUAUGAGCAGUUCAAAUACCAUCAGCGCAAGAGAUUACAGCAUUUGAAAAAUUGCUGGAAGGAGACUUAUGCCAAGUUGGAGCUGUGGCACUAUAGCCUUAAAAAAAUUGAAGGGAAUUUCGGAACUGGUGUAGUCUCAUAUUUUCUCUUCAUUAAAUGGUUGAUGUUUUUGAAUCUGGCCAUAUUCUUGUUGGUAUUCUUGUUCGUUAUCCUGCCGGAAAUUCUGCUUGGGGAACAAUUCAUUUAUUCGUGUAAUGUCAGCGAUUUUAAUUUCUCGCUAGUGGAGUGUUGUUCAGAAAGUUACUGGAAUACAUCAACAUCUGAUGGUAUCGUCUUGGAUCUCAUACAAGGGAAGGGGAUUAUAGAAAAGACAGUUUUGUUUUAUGGACUUUAUUCCAGCAAAAUUUACACAACAUCAGAAGAUUCUGGUUUGUAUUACAAUCUGCCAUUGGCAUACAUAGCCAUUACUGUACUAUCGUUCUUGCUGAGUUUGGUUGCAAUUGUAAAAUCUGCUGCCAAAGGCUUCAAGGAACGUCUGAUAGAGGGUGAGGGUCAGUUUUACAAGUACUGCAAUUUGGUGUUUGCCGGAUGGGACUUUUGCAUCCACAACGAGAAGUCAGCUGCAAUUAAACACAAGGCCUUGUUCAAUGAGAUUAAAGGAAACUUAGAGGCAGAAAGACUGGAAGAAGAACGCCAGAAUCGCUCCAGGGAAGAGAAAACCAAACUGAUAGUUAUACGGUGCAUCAUCAACCUUGUGGUGUUGAUGGUUCUUGCUGGUGCAGCAUUUUUGAUCUACAUCUCUUUUGAUUUUUCUAACAAUGAAUUGGAAGCCAUCACACAAAAAAAUAAGGAAAGCACACAUCUGUACAGCCUUCUCAUGGAAUUCCUCCCGUCUGUUGCCAUAGUCGGCCUAAAUCUUUUUGUUCCCAUAUUGUUUGGAUACUUGGUGACAUUCGAACGAUACAGUCCUCAGUUUGUUGUAAGACUUACCUUGUUCAGGACAGUAUUCCUCAGGUUAUCAUCGCUGAUCAUGCUGCUAGUGACCCUGUACAACGUUGUAAUGUGCAGGCUUGGUGACUGCAACAAGGCCCAUGAUUAUUGUGGUGACCCACAGUGCUGGGAGACAUAUGUUGGCCAGCAGUUCUAUAAGCUUGUUUUGUUGGACUUUGUCACCAAUGUCGUCAUCACCUUCAUGUUCAACUUUCCACGGAUGCUAAUCGCCAAACACUCCAAGAGCAGAGUGGCGAAGUUCAUCGGGGAGCAAGAGUUUGAGCUACCCAGACACGUGCUGGAUGUAGUCUACACGCAAACGCUCUGCUGGCUUGGAAGUUUCUACGCUCCCAGCCUCCCUUUGUUCGCCGGCUUGCAGUACUUCUUCAUCUUUUACAUCAAGAAGUUUGCGUGUCUGGUGAACAGCACCCCGUCGUCAACUGUCUACCGGGCGUCGCGAUCCAACUCGUUCUUCAUGCUCGUCCUGCUGCUGUCGUUCGUCGUGGCGGUGGUGCCGGUGACCUACUCGGUGGCCGAGCUGCUGCCGUCGAGCGGCUGCGGCCCGUUCAGGGGCCAGGACACGGUGUGGCAGCUGGUCGUCAGCACGUUCGAGAAGCUCCCGUCCUGGAUCCAGAGCAUCUUGUUCUUCUUCUCAACGGCCGGGUUCGCCGUCCCAGCGUUCAUCAUUCUGGUGCUCUGCCUGUACUACUACUACGCUGUGUCUGCCGCCAACAAGCACAUGGUUCUGGUCCUGAAGAACCAGCUGGUCCUCGAAGGUCACGACAAGCAGUUUCUCCUGAACAGACUCAGCGCCUUCAUAAAGCAGCAGCAGCAGCAGCACGACCAUCACAAGGUGAUGCGACAGAUGGAGAUGACCAAUCCUGCGGAUGCCUCGGGUGCCAGUUAAAAAUCAUUGUAACAUUCCUCCUUGUGAUUCUUCAGCCAACAACAUCUGAGAGAAAGUGAAGUGUGUGUGCUUCAAUCAUUUCUAUAUACUUUUUUUGUAUACCUGAAAACAUUUUGAUACUCUCCACUGAAAUACCUUUUUUAUAUGAAUUAAUGGAAUUUAGAUAAGUGUAAAAAAGUUUUUUAUUGUAGCAGUUUUGUAGUGGACAGUGCAAACGAGCUUUUGGUCUACUUCUGUAGCUAUCGGAGAAGUUGACUGUGACCACUUUGCCAUAAAAUAAAAUUGCAAGGUCAAAGAAACUGAUAAAGCAUUGGAGAAAUGCAUGAAUAAUUGGCUGUGAAAUUAUGUGCUUAUUGCUUGAAAAGGAAAUAAUCAGGUAGAACUUUCAAUCUUUGUUUUCUUCUGUCAAUAUAUUACGAGUGAGAGAAUCUUGCAUUUAAAAUAGGUAUUUCAGGAACACAACUAAGCAUGUAGUAUGGUUGUGUAGUGUGCUAGUUUGAAUGGUGAAAAUAUGUAUUUUAGUCCUUAUUGCAUUACCAAAGAUGUUUAGUAGUGAUUUUCUACUUUAGACUGUUUGAUUUUUAGUUCCUAUAUACAUAAAAACUAUCAUACUUUUGGUUAAACUGCAUAGCUAUGUUUAUCUGAUUUAUUUAUUAUUUAAUUUAUGUAUUAGAAAUAUAUUGAACAUUAAGUAUAACUGGAAGAGAAAAAACGUUGCUUAAUUCUUUACACACUUAAAUUUUAGCAAACAAAAACUAAAUUUACUGAUAAAAAUGAAACAAAGAAACCUGAAAAAGUGAGGAUACCGUUUUUUUAUUUUUAAAGAAUAUUUUUCGAUAUUAAGGGUUUUGAAAUGGCUGGAAAAAAUGCUUUUUUCACUUUGAAGCUAGUGGUUUAAAAAUAUGUUUUGAUAUUUUCUGCAUAGACGCUAAGAACAAUUUAUGAAGAAUAUUAGGGGCUGGAAAAAUUCUGCAUUUUCGCAGUUACAUAAACAUUUUGCGGAGGCUUAGGAUUUCCAAAUGGCAAUUUAGUCCUGUCAUCUUUGUAGCCAUAUUACAAUAAUCAUUUUUCUAUGUUUUCAAAGAAGCAUAGAUAUUGUUAAUGCUGUACAGGAUUAUUUUUUUUUCAAAAAGGGAUAUAUUUGGAGAAAAAAAAAGAUUUCUGUAUUCAAAAACUUAUGUAAACAAGGCAUUUGGACAGUUAUAUUUAUUAUGUCAAAUGCCUAUCAACAGUUAAGGCUAGUUUACUUUAGAAAUAGGCACAACACAAAUACAGAUACACAUGCAUCAAUUGUUCAUUUCAUCCUUUUCUUAGGAGCCCCAUACUUGUACAGUUCUGCUGCAGGUUGCACUGAUGGGCAGAACGGAGCCAGGUUUAUGUGUUCAGGCUCCCCAUCGCACACACUCAGUUUCGAUGGGCAAGUUUUGACUGUCAGUCUGCUUUGAAAUAGGUUUGAAGGUAGUUGGUGUGCAGUUUGUGAAUUGCUUGCACAUUCAGCGAUAUGUUGCACCUGUGUUAAAGGAGUAGGGAUGGAAAAAUCACAUAGUACUGAGGAAAGAUUUGUUGAACCGAAAAAGAAAAAACUACGCCCAUGUUAAUUAGUUACAGUGCUCUUCCAUAAAAGUCUCGUAAAACAUCUUUCAGCCAUGUCACCACAGCACAUUACUUCUAAAACAUAUGUAUUUCAUUAAGCAGGUCAAGACUGAAAUGGUGACGUGAUCUGCCAUUUUCUCACACACGUCGGUUUCUCCUUGCAGGAAACGACUGUUAGACAGAUCGGAGGAUGGAACUGUUCGUGAGCAGGAAUCGGCCGAAACUUAAAACAGCCAGUUGAUUACUUUUUCCAUAUUUCACUAGUCAAAACACUUUUGUGUGAUGCCAAGAUUGCACACUGUGCUCUUUUGAAACAGUAGGCUAAAAGUGUACCUGCAUAAACCUAGUGGCUAUAUCUAUUGAAUUCUGUGAUUUAUUCCAUUCUCCCCACCUUCUGUUUUUGAGUUCUAGGACAGUUGUACUAUCCUGAGCGGCUGGGAAGAUGUAUACAGUCCAUCCUUGCUUAAAGGUAGCGUCGGGGUGUGAUAAUUAAGUGCAAUAACACAAUAUGACAUUUCAUGCCGGUAGUGAGGUCGUUUUAUUGAACAGUUCUUUAUACAAUAUCACUUAGAUACACUGUACGUAUUGCUGCGGACUUAUACACAUUCAGACGUGAGUUCACACAGUGUACGAACGUUGCACACUGCCUAUGGUCCACACGGUUCCCGGAUCGAACACCUUUAAUGAGCUGUCUUACCACGAUGUUCCAAGAGGUGUUUAUCAGCCAUGGGAUGUCUUACCACGAUUCCCCUAGUGGCUGCUGCCUGCCACUGCCGGGAGAACUCUGACAAACUAGUCGAUGAGCUCUCUGAUAUAGGCUGCACAUGAGUGCCCCAUGUCCCUUACUUGAGGGCUGUGUGACCAAGCGUGCGUGUGCAACGCUUCCCAGGGUUCGCGUGCAACGACUCCCACCAAGUUCCACUGAUACUUCCCCUGCCUCGUGAGGGGAGUUGACCCUUGUUCUUUGUGGUGUUACGUUCCGUCUUUACAAGCUCUUAUGUAGAUACAGCAUGAUAUUACAAGAUACAUUAUUUUAUUACACCUCCCCCCCCCCCCCCCUAUAAAAAGAAACAAAUUAGUAACAAUUAUUUUCUUUCAGUUUUACAGGUAGAGACCUCCCGCACUGUUCAUCACGUUAUUUGAAUUUCAUAGAUAGGUCUUCUAACAUGGUUAGUUCAUGGGCUGGCUCACUGUGUGCACUAGUAGUUGACAUUCUUCUGUCUUUAGGUUGUGCUAUAUUACUAGCACUAUAUGUGUUUACAAUUAAAGGUUUGAAACACCAUGCCUUACAACAGUCGCUAUUAUUACUACCUUUGAUCAUACGUCCUUUGAUAUGUUUACAAAAUCCACAUUUACAACACACAAAUAUAAUUAUUAUAAUAAGGAAUACAAUAAAAGUUACAUAUGAACUCCAGGUUACAUUUCACAAUCUGGUGUUCUGUUUAAUUUUCCAUUCUUCAUUUUUCAAAUGUUCUUCCACCUCAUUAACUUUAUGACUAGCUAUCUUUAGGUCAUCUAGCUGGUGUGUUAUGGUUUUAAAGGGUGUGUUUAUUUUAAUCUCAUCUAAUGACAUAGCUUUUAUAGAUUCACAACAAUCCAUAUCUAAGGGUAAAGUUAUAAUUAUGUCUUCAGAUGUUACGUUAUGGCUUAGUCGAGCUUGUGAUAACAAUCACUACAUUAGUACCAUAUCCUUUACAUGUCUCAAAAAACUUCAACUUUCCGGUCCCUUUUAGUACGGCAUCGUACGGUUCGGUGUUUUCACAUGCAAUGGUUAUUUUCUCUUCUUUGGGGGAUACAUAGAGCCACACAUUAUCUUUCAGUUGUAUCCGCACUGUAUUUGUUAUUUUUACGACGUGUGUUGUGCAAUCCUCAGGAAUUGCACUUAUUGGGGGAACAUUAAUUUAAUCUCGCACUCUUUAGGGGUAUACAGAUUGAUUAAGGGAAAAUGUUGUUUACAAAUUCUAAACUUGGAUGUGAGUUCCUUACAUUUGUAUAACUCGUUUUCAUUUAGUUUGACAUAUUGUUUAGCAUUUUCUAACAUUUUAUAAUCUUUACUUGGGUUUAUGAAUAUAUACAAGUCCUUAGAACUUUUGCUCUGUAUUGAUAAGGGCACAGCUUUAUAAAUCUUAAAUACAAAAUGUUCAACUAAUGGAAGUUUAAUGAUGUAACAUAGUAUAUCAUUUCUACUAAAUACUUCCAAAUUAACCACCUUGAGUAUAACACUAUCGAGGUUUACUCCUUCCGGGGCUGGUAACUCGAGCCCUUGAGCGUGAUCUGUCUGAAAUGAUUUAAAAUACUUAGCAAUUUGUUGUGGGGUGAUAAUGUGGGGGUUUAGGAUGCCGUUUCCCGUAUUAACUACCGCAUCUAUCAAGACCUCAUACUGAAACCUGAGAGAGACUAGUUCCAAGGUUAAUGCAUUUAUGUGUUCGUUUGUCUUGAUUUUUAAUCCCUGUCUAUUGAUGGCCGAUGACACCCAUCUUGUGUUAGUUUCUGCCACUAGCUUUUCUAACCCUUGUUGGAAGGAUUUUUGAUUGCUGUACAUAUUUCUCACAGUUUGAUUUACAGAGUGUAUGGUAGACUUGACAAUCAACAUCUGUUCCUUGCCUAGUUUUAGGAAGUCUAACUGUUCUUUCUCUAGUUUAGAGAUCUUUUGGCUAUAAAACUCAGCAUCCUCCUCAUCUAAUGUUCCAAAAUGUACGCGACUUAACUGACCAAUGAUGUUAAAUGGUAAUAUACUUCUUUUGCGUCGAGCCUUACCUUCCGUUAUCUCUGCAAUAAUUGUCCUUGCUUUAGUGAGGGAUUCAAUUGUCGUCCUAAUCCUAUUCAUACUAAGGUUACACAAUGUCUUACUGUUAUGUGUAUAUUCCUCCCUUUUACACAGAUUGUUUACCAUAAGUACAUAUCUUUUUAAAUUCUCAAAAUUUACAUCUAUCUGGUGUAUGUUUACAAAUGUCACUAACAUCCACUCGAUGUUAUAUAAUUGUCCCUUUCCUUGAUAAUCAUAAUACAGUCCAGGAGAGUCGAGGAUGGGUGACACUUGAAUGUCUAAGUGUCCUGUGGGCCCAGUUGCACUGGUGCUCGCAAUAACGAGAAUUAACACUCUAGAACAUAAAAAAUAAGGUUUCAAUCGGUUAGUGUGAACUUUAAAGGCUUUCCUCCCUCUUACCAGGAUAGUCACAUUAACCCCAUUUACAUCGACUACUGUAUAAGGUCCUAAAUACUGGUUACACAGUUUCUUUGAUCUGCCACGUCUCAGUGUCUCGUCAUACAAUAGCACUUUAUCUCCCUUUUCAAAAAUAUGCUCGUGUACCCUUCUGUCGUAUUAGAUCUUAUUGUUUUCUUUGGAUGCCAACAAAUGUUGUCUAGCAUUUUUGUAGGUUUCCUGUAGUUUAUACUUUAAGUCUUUCAGAUAGUCAUCAUAACAGUACUGGAUACCCUCGGGAUCUUUCUGUAGGAUUCCCGGAAUGUUAGGCAACCUCCCAAACAUUAAUUCGUGUGGAGUAAACCCUGUUGCCUCGUGAGGUGUGGUGUUGUGCACAAAGGUUGCAUUGUUUACCCAAAUGUCCCAGUCACUUAGGUUGCAAGCUAUGUAGUGGCGUAGAAAUACCGCCAUUGACCUAUGCCAUCUUUCUAUGGCCCCAUUGCUUUGUGGAUGGUAUGUGCUAGUCUUAAUUUUUUUUAUUUUUAGGAGUUUGCCGACCUGUUGGAACAUUUCACUACAGAAGUUGCUACCCUGGUCCGUUAGCAAUAUCUGGGGUGUACCAAAAUUGAAUAUUAUCUCAUUUACGAAUGCUGCGGCGACCGUCUCUGUUAGUUGGUUCGCCAUUGGUACUGCCACCGUGUACUUUGACAAUGCGUCUUGGAACGUCAAUAUAUAUUUGUUUCCCUUUUCUGUUUCUGUCAAGGGGCCAACAACAUCCAUGCUACAUUUUUCCCACACAGUUGAGGGUGUAUCCGUGAUCUCUAAGGGUGCCCGAGUGUGUGGUCUUGCGAUUUUGUUACGUUGGCAUGAAUCACACUUGCGAAUGUAUGAUUCUAUAUCCUUUUUCAUCCCUUGCCAUGUGACGUAUUGUUUUAUCUUGUUUUGUGUACGGUUCAUUCCUUGGUGUCCGCCCACUGCAGUGUCGUGUUGUUCUUUAAUUGUUUGUCCUGUUAUUGCAGGCGGGACUUCUACUGAAUCACUACAUUCGUGUUUUUCGGCUUCAAUGUGGUAUGCUCUACUAAGUGCAUCCGCAUGGGUUUUUGUCUUUCCUGCUCUGUAGAUUAUGUCAAAAGUGUACUCUGUGAGUUUUAGCCUCCAUCUCAUAAGGCGUAUACUUGGAUCGGUUACAUUGAAUACAUACUGAAGGGGUUUGUGGUCGGUGACCACUUUAAAUUGCCUUCCGAGUAAGUAUGGCCUGAAGUAUUUGAUGGCCCAAACUAUGGCCAACAUUUCACGUUCGGUUGUGGAGUAGUUAACCUCCGCCUUGUUGAGGGUCUUACUGGCAAAUGCCACUGGUUUGUUCUUACCAAUCUCACCUUGUGAGAGGAUGGCUCCUACAGCCACCUGACUUGCGUCAGUGCAGUUAGAAUGAAUGGUUUGCUAAAGUCGGGAUAUUGGAGGAUAGGUUCCGAAGUGAGUAAUUCUUUAAGUUGUUUGAACGCUCGUUCUUGUUCGCUCCCCCAGUCAAAGGGUGUCUUUUUUUACCAACAUGUACAGCGGCUUUGCCACUUUACUGAAGUCUGCAAUGAAUCGUCUGUAGUAAGAGGCUAGUCCACAAAACAUUUUAAUUCUUUAGCUGAGGAGGGUCUUAGAUAGUCCCUAACCUUUUCCACUUUUGCGGGGUCGGGUCGGAUGCCUGUAUCGCUGAUAAUGCGUCCUUAAUAUGCUACUUCUGUUCUCAAGAACUCACAUUUAGUGGGUUGUAGUUUGAGGUUGUGUUCUCGUAAGCGAUCGAAGACGUCCCUUAGUUGUGUGUUGUAAAUCUCCACCGACUGGCCGUAGAUGACGUCAUCUAAAUAGACUAGACAUUUAAUACCUAUCAGUCCAGCUAAUACUGUGUUCAUUAAUCGUGCGAAUGUGGCUGGGGCUCCCUUUAAUCCGAACAUCAUUCUCUUCAUUUCAUAGUGACCGUUAGGUGUGCUGAAGGCUGUUUUGGGACAGUCUUCUUCGGCUAUCUUUACCUGUAAAUAUCUGCUAUACAAGUCUAAUGUGGAGAAGUAUUUCUUGGACUAUCUAAUAUCUCCGCGAUGGAAGGAAGGGGGUGUGAAUCCCCUACCGAUAAGGAGUUCAGCUUGAGAAAAUCUAAGCAAACACGCCACAAUGGGUUACCCCUUGAGUCUGCCUUUUUGGGAACAAUUAAUAUGGGAGCAUUCCAUGUGCUUCUGCUAUGGACGAUUAUAUUAUCUUCGAGCAUCUGUUUCACCUGUCGGUUUACCUCUUCCUUGUGUAUUUCUGGGAUACGACAAGGCCUGACCGCCACAGGUAGGUACACAAUUUUCUACUGUGGGGAUCCUAUGUUCUUUGACAUUGGUAAAUAUUAGUUUGUCCCCUGGUAGGUGGAAGAUAUCAUUAUAUUCCCUACAUAAUUUCAGUAACCCUUCCUUUUCUGUAGUAUGGAGAUGUUCUAACCUUAAUAUGUUAGUGAGAGCUUGAUUUUUGUCGGUGCUUCCCUUCGUCACCUCAAGUAUCUUUUGCUCUCGGGAUAAAUUUUCUAUAGUAAGAGGUGGCACCUUGACCUGGGUGUCAUAUUCAGUAGUAUUUAUGGUUGCACAAAUAAAUUUACCCAUCUUACUUUCCGUUAGACAUUCCCCAAUAAAGAUUCCAUUUGCUAGUGCAUGUCUGGAAAUAAAACUGACACCAUCAUUCGUCGUGUUUAUCUGUACAAUUUUUUCACAUCUCGCAGGCAAAGAGAGGUUAGUUGCUUCCCUCUGUAUAUCGAACUGAACAAACUCCCCCAUUAUCCAUGCCCCCAUCCUUACCGUAAUCGAUAAGUGUUCUUGUGGCGGACAAAAAGUCUUUUCCUACGAUGCAUUCAUGGGGACACUGUCUCAACAAGUGACACUCCUGUCUUAUGUUCUUUUGUCGUACUUUAAUGUUCAUGACCAUUGUUCCUUCUGUGGUUAUUAGGCCGGUGGCUAGCCCACUCAGUUUCGUUGCCCUGUCCUUGUUUUUCUGACUUAUUAUUUCGAUACCCACGAGGCUCUCUCGUACUAGGGUUAUGUCUGAUCCGGUGUCUAACAAACAUUCUAUUCUCUUACCAAUUUCUUCUAUGAAUAAGAAAACGAUACCCGUCUUUGUUUUUGGUGGCCCUAUCGCAGUCUUAUCUUGAAAGGUUUUGCAGCUGGUGAGUCGGCAUUGUCGGGAGGCACUGUAUUGCUGCUCUACCUGCCCCCGGUGUCGUUUCCCGAUCCGUUAAUUAUGUUUUUGUGGGAACGAGUGUAACUUUUGCCUUGAUAGGCAGUGUUGGCAUCUUUGUUGGGAUAUCGGGGAUGGUUCAGUGUGUGUUCCUGGUCUCGAUUCCCACCUUGCCCAAAGGGGCGUUGGAACCUACCACUGCCGUUGGCUUUGGAUCUGUUCCAACAAUAUCUGGCAUAGUGUCCCGGGAGUCCACACGUAAAACAUGUGCGGUUGUUUCCCUGACCAUGCUCCUCAUGUGUUUUCAUGCCAAACCUCUUAUUGCCCAGACUGUCGGGAUCUUUGGUUUCCCCUAGGUUAACUUGCCCUUCACUGGUCUGCAUAUUUCUAGGUCCUCCCUGUAAGAAACAGUCUUUAUACCAGUGUCCCUUUUUCCCACAAUUAGUGCACGAAGGUCUGUUUUCCCUGGUCCUAUCUUCUCCCAUAAUUUUAGAUGUUUGUCUACUCCUGUUUGAAAGUAUGUUGGAUUCUUCUUCUAAAGCAGCUUCUACCGUGAGCCCUUGUGUGUCCAGCUGUGUCCCCUUACUGCUGAUGAUGGUUUGGAUACGUUCAUUAGUUAGCCCUUGUAUAAAACAUCCUCGUGCCAAGUGCUGGACUAAACCCAAGGCACCGGCUGCGUGUGCGGCGGUACACACUCUCAAUGUGGAUUCCUUCAUGUCUGUGACCAUUGUGUCAACCCUAAUUCCCCAGUGGGCGACCCCUUCAUUGACCCCUUGCCUCGCACUAAACAGUUGACAUGCAUAGUCUAUGGUCCGCUUAACUGCGUAAUUCUCUCCCAAAAUCUCCUUAACGUCAUCCCAUGUUCCUGUAUGUUCGCGUGUCAGUAUUUUAGAUUAAGCAUCCUCCACAAUUUUUGAUUUAACAAACUUCAAUAAUAUGUCAUGUUUAGCAGGGUGGACCAACUCAAUCGCGGUGUCUACGUUAUCUAUAAAUUCUCGCAACCUACUCUUAUUUUCAUCAAAAGGUUACGUUAUUAAUUUAAGUGCUGAUGUGACGGGGAUGUACUGGUCUCCAGCCUCACUUGAUUCCUUACUAUCCGUCGUGGCGUGCUUUUGUAUCGGGAGACCGAGCUUAGGUACAACACCCUAUGAUUGACCUUAUACAAACUGUAGUUCACGAAAUUACCUCAUAGGUUAAUGCACUAGCAUGAGCACUCCCUUAGUGAGCCUACUGCUCUACUAACCUUAUCAUCUUGGUUUUUAGUUGGGUGAUGCGGCGGUAGUUCCGUGUGUUGCUGUGUUGUCGUGUUGCCCGGAUGCGUUGCUUCUGCUGGUUUCUUCAGGUACCGCUGUCUUCUCUUGCGCUGGCCCCGUUUGUAGAUGCUGGCAGCACUGGCUGGUCAAGAUCAGGCUGACCUAGGCGGACCUCUUCUAUCUCUGUCGUAUCUCGCGUGGUCUCCACAUAGUCCUCUGUUCCAUUCUCUACACGCCCUGACACUGGCGUUGGAUUCCGGGCGAUGGCUUCUGAUGCGGUUGCUGGUUUCUGAUGCUGCACGAUGUACUCACGCUUGUAACCAGUUAUCUUGUCAUAUUUACCAUACCCCACAUCUGACACCAAAUAUGUACUAUCCCAAGCGGCUGGGAAGAUGCAUACAGUCCAUCCUUGCUUAAAGGUAGUUUGGGGGUGUGAUAAUUAAGUGCAAUAACACAAUAUGACAAUUCAUGCCGGUAUUGAGGUCGUUUUAUUGAACGGUUCUUCAUACAAUAUCACUUAGAUACACUGUACGUAUUGCUGCGACCUUAUACACAUUCAGACGAGAGUUCACACAGUGUACGAACGUCGCACACUGCCUGGGAUGCAUUACAGCGAUUCCCCUAUGGUCCACACGGUUCCCAGAUCGAACACCUUUAAUGAGAUGUCUUACCACGAUGCUCCAAGAGGUGUUUAUUAGCCAUGGGAUGUCUUACCACAAUUCCCCUAGUGACUGCUGCCUGGCACUGCCGGGAGAACUCUGACAAACUAGUCGAUGAGCUCUCUGAUAUAGGCUGCACAUGAGUGCCCCAUGUCCCUUACUUGAGGGCUGUGUGACCAAGCGUGCGUGUGCAACGCUUCCCAGGGUUCGUGUGCAACGCUUCCCAGGGUUCGCGUGCAACGACUCCCACCAAGUUCCACUGAUACUUCCCCUGCCUCGUGAGGGGAGUUGACCCUUGUCCUCUGCGGUGUUACGUUCCGUCUUUACAAGCUCUUAUGGAGAUACAGCAUGAUAUUACAAGAUUCAUUCUGAUAUUACACAGUCAUGAAAUAACUGACCAGUUAUCGUGAAGUUUUGUUUUAUUAAACAAAGUAGUUUUCAUGCCACAUAUGUAUAGUUGUUAAAGAUAUUACAUAUUAAGUUUCAAACUGAUUAAAUGAAGAUGCCAUUUCCAAAAUUGUGUGCUAAUUUUCAGAAAAAUGAUGCAAAUUUUUACAGCCCCUGUUUUUUUUAGCAAGUAAAUAACAUGGCCUUACUAUAAAGUAAAUAAAAUUUUGUUUUGUAUAUUGUAUCAUAAAAUAUUCUACAAUGAUACUACCUAGGAAUGAUUUGAUACUAAAUAACUUAAGACAAUAGCAAACAUUAAUUUAGGUACUAAUUGUUUUUACGAAUUGACCCAAGGUUGGAGUCACCUGUUUUUUGUGCUGAGCUCUUUAUGAAAGGUGAUCAACGAUGUAGGCCUAGCAAAGAUACUUAAUUAUCAAUACAGGAGAUAAUUUUUUUAGGUGCUAAUGUCAAAGUAAUGUUACAUUUUGAGAUAUUUGCUUUAAACAUUUAUUUUGCUGGUUCCUACAUACACUGCAAGUUUCUUUUAUAGCUGUAUGAGAGUGGUUAAAUUAUUGUAUGCUUGAACAAAGGAACAUUCAUUUGUUGCCAACAUUGACAUUUUGUCUUCUGUAACUAUCAUCCAAGCUUAGUAGAUAAAUAUUCCCCUGGGAAAAAAAUGGAAACUAUACUUUUUUUUGUAUGCCUACGACACAAGUAUGAACAUAUUUAAUUUUUUUUAAAUUACUUGCAGAUAUUGCACAGAUGUUCUUUUAUUGAAUGAGAGCUGUAUUAAAUCCUGGAUUACAGUACACUAAAGAAGGCAUGUUGUACAAUAUGUAGAACUUAGUAAAUAUCUAGUAAUGUGUAGUGGAAAUUCUUAAUACUUGGGAGCCUACUAACAUAUAUAACAUAAUUAUACAUCCAAUAUGACACAAUGUACUGUAUUCAUCCAAAUAGAAUAAAGGGAUGCGAAAGGGAACCACGCAGUUAGUAUUACGUAAUAAUUUUAUAAAAGACAACACCAAUACCAAUCAUUUCCAUUCGGUAAAUAUAAUUUAGUGACAGAAUGUGAGACAAAUAAAAGUAAUGUACGCACUAAUUUGUGAAACACAACUUAGGAAAAACCAAAAUUGCAAGAUAUGAUGGGUGUGCCGAUAGUAAAUCGGGAACCUUGCUAGUUUUCUUCUUGUCAGUCUAGUGCUGAAAUCUGCUCGUAUUGCUCAGUGUACUUUCUCACGUACAUUAUAUUGUUCAUUAUUUGUUUGCUAUAAUGUGUCCGCUAAUUUUUGUGUUAAACAGUUACAUUAGCACUUCUGAGACAGGUUUAGUAUUGUAACACCUUCAACUGCUAAGUUUUAAUGAUUUUGUUAGUUGGUCUCUUCAUUUAUUUUGCAAACAGUAAAAAUCAGUACGUGGCAUUGUGGCCUCUUGAAAUUGCGUAACCGUACGUCUUGCGUAUCACUAUUAGGAUCAUACCUGCCUGUCAAAUAUAAUGCAGUGGUGGAACUAGCUUAGUAUAAUGGGGAAGGCGGUAUGGAAUACACCGUAAUUAAAUGGGGAGUGAAAUUUUGAAAAAUAAUAGACCCUUAAAUGGCUAUUUUUAAAAUAUUUCUGGCAUCUGAAAAAGUCAUUGAAAACUAGGAUUUUAUUAAGGCUAAAGUUUAAAGAAAUUACGCACAGUAGUGGCACUAAAAAAUUAGAAAUAGUAAAGUUGAACUAAGUUCAGGUGUAGACUGGAGUAGAUUAUUUUGGUUAUUUCUCUAGUUUUUUUAAAUAAGAAUUACCACUGACAAAGCUAUCACAUUUGUUUCAAAACAGUACACUUUGUCUAGUAUGAUGUAUUUGUCAAACCAUGAUCAAGCUUUCUCUUAAUUUUAUGUCAGUAAUUGCUUUGCUCUUGGUUACUAUUUAAUAUCAAACAACCUUCACUGUUAUAACAUUACUGUUUUAUUUUCUUUGUAAACAGUAAACAUAACCCCUCUUUAAGCUCAGUUGUUAGGCCGUUGGGGUGUAGUUUUUUUUGUUUUACCUCAAAACAUUUUCAACUAUGAAAUAUUAUUUUAGGAAACAAAUUUUUAAUUUUUAUCGCAGGCAACUUGUAAACAUAAAUUUCAUGCAAUGUAGUAGUAAAAAUUAUCAAAAUUUAUGCAAUUCUCACAGUUAAGGGUCCAAGGUGUCUAAAAUAUUGUCCUUUAUGAAAUUAAAGAUACAUAGAAAUAAUUCUUUUGUAAGUCAAAGGGCUUACUGUAUUAGUAUUCCAAUAUUUGCAAUUUAGUAAAUGCUAUCCAGGAACAGAAAAUGUUAAGAUUUAUUGUGGAGCAUUGAAACAUUAUCUCAAGACAUAAUCAGCUUCAACCAUUUCAGCAAACUAGCCUAACAUUUUCAUGUAUUGAAGCUAAAAUCAUUUUUAGAUUUGCAUUGAGUAACUACAGAUUAUAUAAAAAUAAACCUAUCACAAUAUUUGCAGUUUCUCCAUCUCCAAAGAAUAAAUACAUUUCAUUACUAAUUUACAUCAUUCUAAAAUCUUGAAAAACAAGAUAUUUAACUCUCUAAUUACUGGUUGAAAGGCAGAUAGUUUCAGUUUUUAACCAAAGGCAUAGUGAAUGCAAUGGACACAGUGAUAAACCAAAGUUAUGCAGGCUGGUGACAUAGUAAAUGCUCAUAAGACAUCUAUUAAACAGGUAUAUAUAUAUAUGGUAUAAUAUAUUAUAGCAAUAGUAUUACAAAACAAUGGUUGUGUAUAUCAUAUGUAGCUUUUUAUUUUAUUGAAGUCUGUGUUGCAAAACUAGUGCAAGGUUGGUAGUGUGGAAUUUUCUGUAUCACACAGUAUUACAAUUUUUGUACAUGUAGCCUUUAUUGUCUAUAAUUAGUUAAUUGGAAGCUGUUCUUCUGCAGUUUGUAUAUUUUAAUGUAUGUACAACUUGGAUAGUUGAAUAAUUUCACAGUAAUGCACUUGUCCCAAUAAGGUGUGCAAAAGAGGGGAGGAAAAAAAGAGGUAUAAGUAGCAUUCUAAAAAUAUAUUUUAUUACUCCAAACUUUAUGUACAGUAUUUUAGUUUCAUAUUUUACAUUUUGACAUUUCUAAACAUUAUUAGCCACUGUGCAAGAAACUUAUGAUUGUAAUAAGUAUUAUAUCCAAGAUCUGUUAAAUGGUAUUAUACAAUCACAUUUUAUUAUACUUAAUAGGUUGUACCUAAUCAGUAAUGUGCCAAACUCUGAAUGUUCAUUGUAUGUGUUUUUGUUUAGCAGAGACCAUUUUCUUACAGUGUACUAAUGAAAAUAGCAUAAAAUAAAAAAUUCUGUUAACAAAAA